CCACACCCAAAGAAAAGUUGUAUAACAACUCCUCUAUAUUUUUGGUUUUUUCUGUUUAUCUGUUGCUAUCAGCAAUGGCAGACAGUACUGGUACUGAAGCUCCUCUUCCUAUCCAAUGCCAAAGGCUAUUCGGGAAAGUUGCGUUAGUGACUGGGGGUGCGAGUGGGAUAGGGGAGAGCAUCGUUCGUCUAUUUCACAAGCAGGGUGCGAAAGUUUGUGUUGCAGACAUUCAAGAUGAUCUUGGUCAGCAAAUCUGCAGAUCCCUCGGGGGCGAGUCCAGUAUAUGUUUCGUCCACUGUGAUGUCUCGCUCGAAGACGAUGUUAGUCGCUCGGUGGACUUUGCAGUUGAUAAGUUUGGCACGCUCGACGUAAUAGUGAACAAUGCUGGUCUGUCAGGGCCGGCUGUUCCAGAUAUCCGGGACUUUGAGCUGUCAGUAUUCGAGAAGAUACUUGAUGUGAAUGUGAAAGGCGUUUUCCUGGGGAUGAAGCACGCUGCUCGGGUAAUGAUCCCGCUGGGGAAGGGCUCGAUAGUGUCUAUCAGCAGCGUUGCGAGUGCGAUUGCUGGAAUUGGACCGCACUCAUACACAGCCUCAAAGCACGCGGUCUUGGGGCUAACUCAGAACGUGGCUGCAGAGCUGGGGAAACACGGGAUCCGGGUGAACUGCGUGGGCCCUUACGCCGUUGCCACGCCCUUAGCGCUGGCUCACUUGCCCGAGGACGAGAGAACCGAGGAAGCGUGGGAAGGGUUUCGGGCGUUUGCAGCCCGAAACGCUAACUUGCAGGGCGUGGAGUUGACCGCCCGGGAUGUUGCCAAUGCUGUGCUGUUCUUAGCUAGUGAUGAAGCAAGGUAUGUUAGUGGGGUGAACCUUAUGGUGGAUGGUGGUUUCUCUUGUGUCAAUCAUUCUCUUCGAGUCUUUAGAGGAUAACGCCAUAACGGCCUUGUUUGACAAUCAGCAGAUACCGGUUAGCGGUUAAUGUAAACAUGUAUCUUUGCCUUAGCAUUCAAAAUUCAGAUUUGAUGAGAUCAAUGUAUUAUGUAUCAUAUGCACAAGAAUCUCAAAUCUGUGUACCAAAUUGCUGUAUUUGUAUCACUUUGCAAAAAAUUGUGGACAUUUUAGAACUUUUAC